UGGCACUACUGUCCGUGGAACUCAUUAGACAAUACAUGCAGUGACCGUACGUAUCCAUCAGGCGGUGCAAAUUUCGUCUGUAGGCGCUGAUGGACUUGUCGACAGCCCCCCGCAAAUUUCUAUUUGAUACCUUUUAACAAAGUUUUUGUGACAAGAAUGGCUACGAUGGAAGGUUCUUUGAGCAAAUGGACAAAUGUUAUGAAAGGCUGGCAGUAUCGGUGGUUUGUGUUGGAUGACAACGCAGGAUUAUUGUCCUACUACACAUCAAAAGAAAAAAUGGUACGAGGAGUGCGAAGGGGCUGCGUGAGGCUGAAAGGUGCUGUCAUAGGGAUAGACGAUGAAGAUGAUAGUACUUUUACUAUAACUGUGGAUGGAAAGACUUUCCAUUUUCAAGCACGAGGCGCUGAAGAGCGGGAGAAAUGGAUUCGCGCCCUUGAAGAUACCAUUCUUAGACAUGCCCAUAGGAUGCGAUGGGACCCCAACAAACCCCCACCCACAGUCCACGAGUUUGAUAAAAAACUUAUAGAAGCAGAUGCAUAUCUACAAAUUCUUAUCGAUCAACUAAAGGCAUUAGAAGUCAGAAUGGAAGGUAUGUCGGAUCUCGUUGAGAAAGCUAGGUGUCAAGUUAUUCAUGAUCAUGCUAAUGAUAUGUUAGAGUCCAUAAAACACUCUAUUGUCAUGCUUCAGAUAGCCAAGAACACGGCACAUCCAGUGAAUGGAAUCUACCACUCUACGGACACUUCCCCGUUGUCUAUGGACAAUAGCCAAGCGUCCGGCAAAGAUAUACAACAUGAAGGGGUUGACGUGUCGUCUAUGGGCUGUGCUGUGUUCCACGAUGAGGAGGAAGCAGAAGGCCUUCAGACGGGAAUUGAAGUGGGAGACGAGUGUAUGGAGACGAGGCGACAGUGUCCUGGGGCUACCGCAACGUCUCGAUCAUCACUUUCAAGUCUGACUGCCAUUGGCACGAAGCACAGACCGAGCAUGACAUUGAUCGUGCCAGCGACCUCUUACUCCAGUUCGGAAGAAGAAGACUUUUACGACGCCAAUGAAUACAACGACACCCCCAGCAGCUCGGCAAGUCCUACCAUUGGGUUACGCCCAUUUGUGGAGCCACCAUCAGUGGAAGAUUCACCAGAAAGCUUGGCUGAGCAGGAGCAGACAUCAUCAGGCGUCAAUAAAAGGAAAGUUUCUGGGGCGCCAGCACCACCGCCAGUCCGGGAUGACGGCUCCCUUGAUUAUGAUGCACUUUAUGAAGACGAGUCUGACCUUGACUUAGGUGGAAUAGAGAACCAUGGAUCAGUGGUGUCACACCUAAUCUCUCAGGUGAAAAUCGGAAUGGACCUUACCAAAGUAGUUCUUCCGACCUUCAUCUUGGAAAGACGAUCGCUACUUGAAAUGUAUGCCGAUUACUUUGCCCAUCCAGAUAUUUUUGUAAGUAUUUCCGACUUCCCGGACCCCAAAGAUCGUAUGGUGCAAGUGGUACGGUGGUAUUUGUCAGCGUAUCACGCUGGAAGGAAAAGUACUGUAGCCAAGAAGCCGUAUAACCCUAUUAUUGGCGAGCUGUUUAAGUGCCACUGGGAUAUUCCAGGCCUGCCCCCAGAUUUAUCCUCACUAGUAACAGAUGGGCCUGUACCCUGGUGUACAAAGAAUCAGCUCACGUUCGUAGCAGAGCAAGUCUCACACCAUCCACCAAUUUCAGCCUUCUACGCGGAACACUAUGACAAACGCAUCAGUUUCUGUGCUCAUGUAUGGACUAAAUCGAAGUUUCUCGGCCUCUCUGUCGGUGUGCAUAAUAUUGGUCAAGGUUGCAUCUCUGUGCUGGACUUUGAUGAGGAGUACAUUGUCACAUUUCCUAAUGGUUAUGGCAGAUCCAUCCUUACAAUUCCGUGGAUUGAACUGGGUGGUUCUGUGACUAUCACUUGUGCCAAAACGGGUUAUAGCGCUAAUGUUGAGUUCCUAACUAAACCCUUUUAUGGCGGGAAGAAAAACCGCAUUACAGCCGAAGUCUUCCAGCCUAAUGACAAGAAGCCUUUCCUCUCAGUAACUGGAGAGUGGAAUGGAGGAAUGGAAGCUAAAUGGGCAGAUGGGAGAACAGAAAUGUUUGUAGAUGUAAACAAGAUCAAUGUUGUAAAGAAGAAAGUCCGUCCCAUUGCCGAACAGGCUGAAAAUGAAUCACGAAGACUUUGGAAGGAAGUUACUGCUGGCCUCAGGUUGAAAGACAUUGAUCGUGCUACAAAUGCCAAGUUUGCCUUGGAACAAAAGCAGAGAGAUGAGGCUAAGGAACGAAAGGAAAGAGGGUUCAAAUGGGAAACAAUGCUGUUCCAAGAAGCGGGUGAAAAUUGGGUGUACAAGAACCCACUGAUUAUGAGAAUUUCACCGAAGAAUAAACCAAGCAAUCCACACUGAUAAAUCAGUACUGAGUAUGACUUGUAAUGUUCUGACUGACUAGUAUUGUCCGUAUGCCAGAUGGCAUUCCCUCCGAAGCCCGUCUGCUGUAAAAGAGCACUCAGAUUUUCCAUUAGUGCUGUGGAUGGCGCUAUUUGUCAGAGUUCACUGAAUAUUGAAUGCCACUUCUUCCAGAUCUGAGAUAUUUGAUAUAUACACAAUGAUAAAUCAGUUUCUUGAAUGUGUUUAUAAUUAAAGAACUACAAAUUUUUUGUGUCACAGUUAAUUUUUUCUUCCUGAAAACUAAAGAGUUGUGUACGUUAUGUAAGAAACAUGCAAUAGAAUGAAAAGUAAUAAUUAGAUUUUCAAGUCAGAUAAUGCACAAUGGCUCAGUAUUACAAUUAAAAUUAAUUUAUACAUAAAACUAGUGUGAGACUUGAAAGUUGUCCAGGAACAAAUUUAUCACAGAAAUAAUUAGGAUUUUACAUGCCUCAACAUGUAUAUGAUACAGAUCAAGAAGAAAAUUAUCACAAAUGCAUGGUCAGAGGUAUUUCUAUAAUGCACUUCAAGGUUGAUACAGUAGUAGCAUGAACAAAAGGAUUUCAGAAAUCCGUACUUACUGUUAGAUCCAUUAGCUGAUGUUAUGCUUUAUACUGGUGGUAUAACUGAGUAUUAGAUGUCAAUAAAAUGAUCUAACAUUAUCGUAAUGUUACAGUAUUUACUGUAUAUACACUAAUUAAUAGUUACUCGAGUACUACAACUGAUUCUGUUGAUCUGUAUUUUCGAAAGUAAUAGUUUACAGUCACAACUUCUCAAAAAAAAAAUUAGUAUUUUACACGUGUGAUCACUUGAAAGCCUCUGAAAUUUCGUAUAUUCGGUAUUUUUAGUCGCUUUGCGAGACAUUCUAAAAGAAUUUACAAAGUAAAAUAAUCCAGAGAGACUGUUGACUUUGUUAUAAAUUCAUGAAAUUGUUACGAAAAUGUAGUUGGUUUUGUCACCUGACAAUAGUUUGCCUUAAUAGAUGACACUGGAACGAAGUAGUUUUAUACGGUUAUACAUUUUUGUAGAUGUUGCAUAACAUGUAAACUUUAUCUUUAGUCUAGUACAUUGAUUCUCAGAUCUCUGCUCUUGUAAUUUGGAAGCUGCAAAAAAUUUCUGUUUUUUACUGUUGCACGAGGCUUUUCGGAUAUAUUGUGAAAACAGCUGUAUGAGUCUAUUUUAAAAAGUUAAGGAACAACAAAAAUGCUAAUCUCAUUCAAUUUAUUUAAUACUAAUGUGUAAAUAUUUACAUGAAAAUUUUUUAUAGUAAAAAUAAACAUAGUUCUGCUACAACAGAAGUAUAUAAAUGAAGAAAAACAAUUACAAAUUUAUCUUCUAGAAGAGCCAAGUUUGUUAGUAAUCUGAAAGUACAAAAGCUCUGGAAAGUGUCUAAUAAAGAUGUUUAAUAAAUUCUGUUGUCCAUUUUUAGUCUUUAUCAUGACUUGUAGCUUUAUGUGUGUUUAUAUAAUUGUAUCUAUGUUUAACUUUGAUUAUUUUGUUUCUGCAGUAUGUCACAUGUUUUCAAUCCAUUUAAUUGCUUUUCGGAUUGUUAUGGUUCAGCAACAGUUGUCAAAGAAAGCUUUAUGACUACAGGUGAGAAUCAUUGUGCUGGUACGUACAUGACAGAAAACUGGUACAACUCUGUGAUUAUUUUCAGUGUUUUAAAAUACUGAACACACAUAUACUCUCGUAUUUCAUACUUGUAGAUAAUAUUUAUUUCCACUGAUGAUAUUUAUGUACUGGUACACAGACAUUUUAAUGUCCAUAGUCUCUUAUACAUCAUUUUGUAUAUUUUCAGCAGUCACUUUGUAAAUUGCCAGAACUAGGUUAAAAUGUGCACUCACCCACAUUGUACAAAUGUUUGUUUGAUUUUCAUACAACUCAUCUCUCAUACUCUAGACAAAAAGAUUUUAUAUUAUUUACUAUUUAACAUUUUCUUUCUUGUACAUCAUGGGACACUGAACAUUCCAUUUCUCUCCUUUAAGUAACAAAUUCCUUAUUUUUUCCUUCCAUUUAGCAUUAUUUUGGUGCACUGGAAGAGUUGAUUUUGAAAGUCUUCCAACAAUAUGGAACUUUUGUGAUUGUGAAAUUAUUGACAGAAUUUGAUCAUUUUACAAUUGAAUUGUAUUAAAGACUGUUGCCUUCUUUUAUUUUCUGUUAUUUGAUGCACAUGUCUAAAAAUGUUUAAUAAGUUUAGAUAUAAGGACAUGGAAAGUUUUUGGAAUAUGAAUAAUGACAGGAAGUCAAGUGAUAUUAAUAAACAAAUUUAUAUGCAUAUGGGAGGUACAUAUUCAUUCUUGUCAAUUAUUUUUAUUUUCUUUAGAUUUGCAGAUUUAGUUUAAUAAAAUAAAUUGCUCUGUAUUGCCUGAUUUUUAAAUAUUUCUUCAAAAUUUAUAUUAACAGUGUGUUAAUAUUUAAUUUUAUAAAUUUUAUAACAUGCUAUUCAGGUGAUCUGUAAUCAAUGAAACAAGUCAGUAUGAAUAUAUAUAUAUAAAAAUAUAAAAUUUUCAAUUUUUUGCAUUUUAGUGAGAAACAUGGCAUAACUUUAGUAGACCUGUUUUUACAUACCAUGUACAGUGUUCCUUGUUGAUGUAAUAUUUUUGUUAUGAAUAAAAUGCAUGUGGUAAGUUAAA